AAGAGGAAGCCCUGAAGGGUCAAAAGGAAUACAAAAGCAAAGGCUAUUUUCCUUCUUUUCUUUUUUUCUUUCUCUCUUUCCCUUUUUUUUUUUUCCCCCUAAAGAGCGCGUGGCCUUAGUGGUGGCGGUUUGGGGUGGGCGCCGCCGAGGUGAGGGGGUCUAGCCUCCUGCACGCUGGUAGGUGUAAAGGUGGCGACCUACUUGUUGAUAGCAGUGGUUCUUAAUCUAGUAGAAAACGAGAUCUUCUGUGGCCUGUUUAAAUGCAGACUCUCGGACCCUACCCCCCAGAUAGUCUGACUGAGUAGGUCUGCAGUUGGGACCCAGGGAAGCCAAGUGCGGGCCUGGUUGUCAGAAUUCCCAAUGCCCUCUUGUGUAUACCAGCUGUGAGACCAGUUGUUCCAUUAUGGAUGGAGGGGAUGAUGGUAAUCUUGUUAUCAAAAAGAGGUUUGUGUCCGAGGCAGAACUAGAUGAACGGCGCAAAAGGAGGCAAGAAGAAUGGGAGAAAGUUCGAAAACCUGAAGAUCCAGAAGAAUGUCCAGAGGAGGUUUAUGACCCUCGGUCUCUGUAUGAAAGGCUACAGGAACAGAAAGACAGGAAGCAGCAGGAGUAUGAGGAGCAGUUCAAAUUCAAAAACAUGGUAAGAGGCUUAGACGAAGAUGAGACUAACUUCCUCGACGAGGUUUCCCGGCAGCAGGAACUACUAGAAAAGCAACGAAGAGAAGAAGAACUGAAAGAACUGAAGGAAUACAGAAGUAAUCUCAACAAAGUUGGACUUUCUCCAGAAAACAAGAAGGAGGUGGAGAAGAAAGUGGCUGUGAAAUCCAUAGAAACCAAGAACAAGUUCUCCCAGGCGAAGCUGUUGGCAGGAGCUGUGAAACAUAAGAGCUCAGAGAGCGGGAACAGCGUGAAAAGACUGAAGUCGGACACUGACCCAGAUGACAAGAGUCAAGAAGCCCCGUCCUGCAUGUCUCUUGGAAGCACGUCCCUGAGCACUCCUUCCAUCCACUGCCCCUCCGCCGCGGUCUGUAUUGGCAUCCUCCCAGGCUUGGGUGCCUAUUCCGGCAGCAGCGACUCCGAGUCCAGCUCAGACAGUGAAGGCACCAUCAACGCGACUGGCAAGAUCGUCUCCUCCAUCUUCCGAACCAACACCUUCCUCGAGGCCCCCUAGCUCCCGUGUCCCUCCCAAGCUCCUGCCCAAGAGUAGACCGGACGGUUUGUUCUGCCUACGGGCAUUACCUCCCUCAGAACUCCUUUGCCUGCUUCCUGUGCACACCGUGACAUUUUUAACCUCAUCUAAAAAUGUGCCAGAGUCCACUUGUGGCCCGACUUGUGUUUGGUUUCUCUUUUCACUCCAGUGCAGAUGUCCAGACCUGU